UUUUGAAAUGACGUUUGUACCCUGCCCUUUUUAUUUCCUUCUUUUGCUAAAGUUCAUCUAUCAAGCCUCCCAUUUCGGCAUCCCACAACCAGUCUUCUCUCCAACAACGAUCACCCCGACGAUACAUCGCAGAUAUACGCACGCAACUUCACAACAUGCGUCUCUUUCGAUCUUUUCCUCCUUGAUUUCGCCGAAUCCGUGUUGCUUAAUCUCAGUUGGUUCCUUCUUCUGCCAUGGAUUCAGCAAUUUCUCAGCGUUUCUUUUCUGUACAUCACUUGUGCCUUUUUCUCUCUAGGGUUUUGUGAGUUGAAAAUCUGCUCUGGGCGCUUCCCUCCGAUUUUAGGGCUACAAUUGCAGGGGAUUUCAGGUUGGUCGGUCGUAACGAGGAAUUUUUGUCCCUGAGCUCAGUUGUUUCACGGAAGGUUUGGUAUGGACCUAAAUGCAUCACCACAACCAGAGGAAGAUGAUGAGUUCUUUACACAACAACUAGAGGAAGAAUCUGAAGAGCCUGUUGUAGAACCUAGCGUUGAACAUAGAGAUUAUGCAGUGAGUUCUGUAGAAAUUUCACGCAAGGAGCGCGAGGAAAGGAUCCAACGAAUUAAAAGACAACGCCCCGAUGACAGGCCAGCAUAUGCAUCUCUGCCACACAUGCAUGAUGAAACAUUCCAAGCGAAAAAACAUAGGCCUUCUAACCAGCCACCACCAGGUUGGUUGGAUUGCCCUGCUUCUGGUAAGGAAAUAAGUUACAUUAUUCCUUCCAAAGUUCCCCUUUCUGAAACCUUCAAUAAUGAUGUUCUUCCUGGCAAGAGAUACUCAAUUAGGCAAGUGCUGCAUCAACAAAGAGUCCUGGGAAGAACGCUGGGCUUGGUGAUAGAUCUUACAAAUACCACUAGGUAUUACUCACCUCAAGACUUCAGAAAAGAAGGCAUCAAGCAUGUCAAGAUUAUGUGCAAGGGACGUGAUUCUGUACCUGACAAUGAGUCCGUGAAUUUGUUUGUUUAUGAGGUUUUACAGUUCAUUGCUCGACAGAAGAAUACCAAAAAGUACAUUCUUGUUCAUUGCACACAUGGGCAUAACCGCACUGGGUAUAUGAUUGUUCACUAUCUCAUGCGUACAAUGCCAAUUUCUGUCACUCAGGCAAUACAAGAAUUUGCUGAAGUACGGCCUCCUGGUAUUUAUAAACCAGAUUAUAUUGAUGCACUGUAUGCCUUUUAUCACGAGAGGAAACCUGAAGCGGUUGUUUGUCCUCCGACUCCGGAGUGGAAGAGAUCUUGUGAAUUUGAUUUGAAUGGUGAUGCUAUGCCCGAUGACGAUGAUGAUGGAGGUGCUAUAGCUCCUCCACAUGUUAGUCAAGAACCUCAGGUUGUAAUGACAAAUGAUGACCUCCUCGGAGAUGGUAUCCCUUCUGAUCAACAGGAUUAUUUACGUCAGAUAUGCUACCAAUUCCUGAAGUUGCAGCCACCUGGGGGAAGAAACCCACAAUUUCCUGGUUCACAUCCAGUUUCUCUCAACAGGGAUAACUUACAAUUGUUGAGGCAGCGUUACUAUUAUGCCACAUGGAAAGCUGAUGGAACAAGAUAUAUGAUGCUAAUUACUAUGGAUGGUUGUUAUUUAAUUGAUAGACAUUUCAACUUUAGAAGGGUUCAAAUGAAAUUUCCAUGCAGAGUGUCCAGCCCCAGUGAAAGUAGAGAGAAGACCCAUCACUACACAUUGCUUGAUGGGGAAAUGAUAAUUGACACAUUACCUGACACAAAAAAGCAGAAAAGAAGGUAUCUGAUAUAUGACAUGAUGGCAGUCAAUUACAUGUCUAUCACAGAGCGACCCUUCAACGAGCGAUGGAAAAUGAUUGAAAAAGAGGUGAUUGAACCUCGGGCUUGGUCUCAGAGCAAAAACCGAUACACACACGAAAUGGAACCCUUCAGUGUCAGAAGGAAAGAUUUUUGGCUCCUCUCUGUAGUCACGAGACUUUUGAAAAAGUUCAUCCCAAAUCUUUCACAUGCAGCAGAUGGCCUCAUUUUUCAGGGUUGGGAUGACCCGUAUGUUACGAGGACUCACGAGGGCCUCCUGAAGUGGAAAUAUCCAGAGAUGAACUCUGUUGAUUUCCUCUUUGAGGUGGUUGAUAAUCGAGAGCUACUUUAUUUGAAUGAACGGGGAAAGAAGAAACUUUUGGAUGGAAACAGGGUUGUGUUUCCAGAUUCUCCUGACCCAUCAGAGUUCUCGGGUAAAAUCAUUGAAUGCUCUUGGGAUUCUGAUAAUCAAGUGUGGGUGUGCAUGAGGGUUAGAGUAGAUAAAGGAACACCAAAUGAAUUCAAUACAUAUCGGAAGGUAAUGAGAAGUAUCAAAGACAAUAUCACGGAGGAAAUCUUGUUGGCUGAGAUUCAUGAUAUUGUCAGAUUGCCAAUGUAUGCGGAUAGGAUUGAGUCUGAAAGGCAAGCUCACCAGCAAUCUUCACGCCGAAAAGCCGCUAGUGCUCAAGAGUUUCCAUUUGUCGGAAACUAGUAAUAAGUAGAUGUGGCAUUUCGUGUUUAGGGAGUAUCAAUUGUUGCUCUGCUUAUGUAUACAAACUGCAGGAUUUAGCUAUAGCAUCUCAUGUAUAUUAGUUGCUUCAUACAUUAGCCAUUUGUCCAAGGGGUCUCUAGUGAAAUUAUCUGAACUUCACUUUGCUUGUGAAUAUGAUCUCCAAUAUCAACUGAAUUU